UUGAUAUUGGAACGCAGCCAAUUACGUGUCGCUGUCGGUCGGGUAAAAAUGUCAAUCGAUGCUUAUUUGUGAUUAAGUUUUUACAUUAAUUUUAUCUAAACCGGCAAUAUAUAAUAAAGAAAAUGAUUACAACACCUGUUUUAGUUACAAUAUUAUUAUCAUUAAUCAGUGGAAUAGUUUCCAAAAGUGUGGAGUUGACUUUUGAACUACCUGAUAGUGCUGUUGAAUGUUUUUAUCAAGAUAUAGAAAAGAAUACUUCAGCAGCAUUAGAAUACCAAGUUAUAACUGGAGGCCAGUAUGACGUAGAUGUGAAAAUAGAAGGCCCUAAUAAACAAAUCCUUUACCAGCAGCAAAAGAUGCAAUAUGAUUCAUUCCAAUUUACAGCCCAACAAACAGGUGUUUACAAAGUCUGCUUCAGCAAUGAAUUCAGUACAUUCUCACACAAACUGGUUUAUAUGGAAAUGAAUGUUGGACCCGAGAAAGCUUUACCAGGUGUUGGAGAACAUGCCACUGUUCUCACACAGCUGGAAACUUCAGCAAAUGAUAUCCAUACAGCACUUAACCAAAUUAUUGACCACCAAACUCACCAUAGACUCAGAGAAGCCCAAAGCCGGAAAAGAGCAGAAGACUUGAAUGACAGAGUGUUCUGGUGGUCUACUGGCGAGACUGUGGCCAUUGUCUGUGUUGCUAUAGCUCAAGUCAUGAUCCUAAAGAACUUCUUCAGUGAUAGACCUACACUGUACAGUCGAAUGUAGUUAAAUAAUAGAAUUAAUUUUAUUAAAAUAUUUCGUGAACUA